AGGGCGGGGGCAGCGCGUCCCGCGGGCCGAGCGCGUCUCGGGCUGUGCGCAUCUCUGCGGAGCGGCGCGGGAAGGAUGCUGGUCGGCAGGGGCGCGCGCGCCGGGCGCGGGAUGCCGCGGGGCUGGACCGCGCUCUGCCUGCUCAGUCUGCUGCAUGAAGCUGCUUUGGGGGGCGACCAGAGUCAGAGUGAGGCGCCAGGUAGCACUCCCCUGCCACCAACAGCCUCUGGGUUCACAAAUACACAAACCAGGACCACUGUUACCACAGAGCCAGCCACCUCACAUACAAGUUCAACUGUUUCCACAAAUGUGUCCAGCCAGGAAGCCACCACACUAAGUCCUCUUGGAAUUACCAUGCCAUACCCUGUCUCUCAAGACCGCAAUGGGACCGCAACAGCCAUCUCAGAGACUGCGGUCAACUUCACUUCUACCUCUGAGAUCACCCCAGUGCCUGGAACGGGGAACUCUUCUGUCCAGCCACAGACCUCUUUAACUGUCACAGCGUUUUCCACCACAACCAACUUUUCAGCUUCAGACAUGACUUUGAAGCCCAGCAUGCUCCCCGGAAAUGUUUCCGAUCCCCCAUAUAACAGCACCAUCAGUGUGACAUCCUCCACUGAGCCUUAUGCAUCAUUUUCUCCCACCCCAAGUACCAUCAAGGGAGAAAUCAAAUGUUCCCGAGUCAAAGAAGUGAAAUUGACCCAAGGUAUCUGCCUAGAGCUAAAUGAGACCUCCAGCUGUGAGGAAUUUAAGAAGGAUAAUGGAGAGGAACUGACUCAAGUCCUGUGUGAGAAGGGGCAGGCUGACACUGUGGCUGGCAUGUGUUCCCUGCUCCUGGCCCAGUCUGAAGCGAAGCCUCACUGCCUACUGCUGCUCUUGGCCAACAGGACAGAACUUUCCAGUAAGCUCCGUCUUCUGAAAAAGCACCAGCCUGACCUGAAAAGGCUUGGGAUCAAAGCCUUCUCUGAACAAGAUGUUGGGAGCCACCAGGUCUAUUCCCGCAAGACCCUGAUUGCCCUGGUCACCUCAGGGAUCCUACUGGCUGUCUUGGGCACCACUGGCUAUUUCCUGAUGAAGCGCCGCAGUUGGAGCCCCACAGGAGAAAGGCUGGGCGAAGACCCUUAUUACACGGAGAACGGUGGAGGCCAGGGCUAUAGCUCAGGCCCUGGGGCCUCCCCUGAGGCUCAGGGAAAGGCCAGUGUGAACCGAGGGGCUCAGGAGAACGGGACCGGCCAGGCCACAUCCAGAAACGGCCAUUCAGCAAGACAACACGUGGUGGCUGAUACCGAAUUGUGACUCGGCUGGGUGGGGCAAGGCUGGGCAGUGUCUGGGGAAGGGGCCCCUCCCUGCAUCUGACCACAUGCUGCCUCCACGCUGGAGGCACCAUCGAUUGCAUUCUACUCUUUCCUGCUGCACACAUCCUCGGAGGCUGUUCCUGGGGCCCGGUACUGCACCUGCCCGAAGGGUUCUCUCCACCUUGGUGGAGGGGAGAUAACCCCUGCCAUUUACAUGUUCAGCUCGCUAAGCCCAGAAUUGGGUCGACUCUGAGUAAAGGUGUGGGGGGAGGGGAGGCCAAAGUGCAGAGAAGCUACCAGGGUUGGGGGGUGGGAGGUGAUGAUCUUGCAUCACUCACACGUGGGCUUCUGUCCUCUCCCUCCUCUCUGCCAUAUUAAAGGAACUCCCAGGGGAAGCAUGGGCCUUUUCUGGGCUACAAUUUCCUCCCAGGAGGCUUUGCCUUGUCCUGUUUCUUCCUCAGAUCUGUCUUCUCUACAUCAGGAAACCAAAGCAACCCAGUGCGCCUGCUCCCUUGUAAUGAUGCAGCCAUAAAGACUUGUUAUCCUAAACCGUCCCCCUUAUGCCCUGGCCAAGGCACUGUGGAUUCAGGCACCGGCUUCCCUCAUGCUUUCCGGUUUCCCCUGAGCUUCACACCUCCCUCCACAUCUGCAUACAGAAGCCUGCUACGUUUUCUGGCUGAGCCUGGAACGAGGCUCCAAGUUUUGAACAACGUCUUGUGUGUGUGUUUGGGAGACAGGGUUAGGGGACAUGGGUCCAUGCAUUCCUUCCUGUGGGGGCAAGUGGGAGAGAGCGAACGGCUCAGUCCUUGUCUCUCUGGGGCUCAUGGAGCCUCAUCUUGAGCCUCUGUUUCUCCCUGUGGGUCAGAGUGGACAGGAUCAUGGGACCAGACCUUUGAGCCAAGCCUCUUGACUUGUGCAUCUCUGAGGAAGCGCCUUGCUCAGAGGCUAGGUUCUGGCCUUAUCCUCUGAUCUCAAUGGCUUCUUCCUUCCUCCCCCUGACUCCUGGGUUGAGCUGUGGACUCAGUCUCCCAGCAGACUCCUUUUGAUCUCUGUCUCCCUCACUCCAAUCCCCUCACUGCUCUGCACCUCCAUGUAGUCAGGGCCCCUUGACAUCUCCAGAGAACCUUCACCACAAGCCACCUCCUCUGUAGGUGACCCAGGUUCUCAUUUGCAUUUUUCGGUUUUUUUCCAGAGGGGUAAGCAGGGAUCCUGGUUUCAGUGACGGUUGGAAAUCGAAUUUUCCAGAGAGAGGAAGGUUGGGUGGGUUUUAUUUCUGAAUAAAAGAAUGGUGUGUGUAAAUACUGUAAUUAAAGUGAUACUGAAACACA